AUGGAGGACGUCACGUUCGAUGAGUCGGUUCCCUUUUACCAUCUCUUCCCCUACCGCACUGCCCCUCUCCCUCCCCCGCCGCUCUUCCUCGCUCCAGGUGCUCCCCAGGUCGACCCUCUCCCCGCUCCAGGUCCUGCUCCCUCAGGUGUGUCUCAGGUAGACCCUCCUCCCUUCCCUGCGCUGGUUGAGGUCACUGGUGACUCAGGUCCUGCUGGGGGUGGUCCUGCUCGGGGUGCUACUUCUGGGGGUGCUGAGUCUGGGGGUGCUGAGCCUGGGGGUGAGGAGCCUGGGGGUGCGGAGCUUGAGGGUGUCGAGCCUGGAGGUGCUGAGCCUGCGUGUGAGGGGUCUGGAGGUGCUGGAGCUGGUGGUUCUGGGGCUGCUGAGGGUGCUAGCGCUGGAGGUUCUGGAGCUGCUGGAGGUCCUGGUGCUGGUGGCGCUGGAGCUGCUGAGGGUGCUGGCGCUGAGGGUUCAGAGUCUGCUGUUGCGCGGUCUCCUUGGAGUAGCCGCCUUCGUCCACGUGUGCCUCUCACCUCGCAGCAGCUGCACGACUGGUACGGUCGCCGUCAGCGUCGCGCUGCUGGAGCUAGGAGUGGUGCUGGUACUGUUUCUACUGGAGGUGCUGGAGUCGCUGGUCCCGGAGCUGCUCGUACUGGAGGUACUGGAGCUGCUGGGGCUGAGGGUGCUGCGUCUGGAGGUGCUGCUGCUGGAGACACCGAGGCUGGAGACCCUGGGACUGGAGGUGCUGGUUCUGGGGGUGCUGCUGCUGGAGACGUGGAGGCUGGAGACCCUGGGACUGGAGGUACUGGUUCUGGGGGUGCUGCUGCUGGAGGCACUGGGGUUGGAGACCCUGGGCCUGGAGGUGUCGGUUCUGCUGCAGGAGCUGCUGGAGCUGCCGGUACUGGUGCAGCUGCGCCGCCACGACUGUUCUUCGCUCCGCCGUCUCCGUCGUCUCUGCCGCUGCCUGACUCUGUUCUUCGUCAGGUUCUUACUCUCCCGUCGUCUACUGGUCUUCCGUUACAGCCUGGCUCUCCGCUGCCUGCUCCUUCUCCUUACACUGAGCAGACGGGUAGUCUUGCUGAGCGUCGUGAGCCUGCGUCGCGUCCUGUCUCGCCUGUUCGUCCUAGUCGUACCGGUCGUCAUGUUCUGUGUCCUCGUUCGCCGCCUGUCCCCACCGCACACCUUGUCGUCCGUCGUCCUUCCUCUGUUCCGCAGUCUGUUUCUCUGCCGUCUCCUCCUGCGUCUUCCUUGCCUCACGUUCCGGACCCUGAGUCUGACCAGUUUCGUGCUGAGCACCCUACUAUCACGCGUCUGCUCGCCACUGUUGUCACUGACCCCUCGUUUGAGUCUGCUGCUGCGACUGCUUUGGUUGCUGAGCUUGUUGACUUUGCGGCUGCCUGUCGUCUAGACUACGCUACUAGUCUUGUCGCUGAGUCUGAGUCUGUCUGUCCUCCGUCCGUCGGGGGUGAGUGUGCUCUUAGCACGGACGUCCUUGAGGACAGGCACGAGGACCUUGAGUGUCUUGCAGCCGCUGCGCCUCAUCUCGUGACCAUGCUGCUUGCCCCUGAGGGAGACCCGGAUGCACUAGACAUCCCCACCCCGCGCUCGUACGCUGAGGCGGUCGCGGGUCCCUACUCCUCUCAGUGGCAGGCAGCCAUGGACGCAGAGAUGGCAUCCUGGAAGUCCACAGGCACCUACGUCGACGACGUUCCCCCUCCUGGGGCGAACAUCGUCAGUGGCAUGUGGAUUUUCAGGGUGAAGCGGCCGCCUGGUUCUCCGCCUGUCUUCAAGGCACGUUACGUUGCUCGAGGCUUCAGUCAGCGAGAGGGGGUUGACUUCUUCCAGACCUUCUCCCCCACCCCGAAGAUGACCACUCUUCGGGUACUGCUGCACGUUGCCGCCCAGCGUGACUACGAGCUUCACUCACUUGACUUUAGCACAGCUUUCUUGCAGGGCAGCCUGCACGAGGAGAUCUGGCUGCGCCGCCCACCUGGCUUCACUGGGUCGUUCCCUCCUGGUACCCAGUGGAGCCUCCGCCGGCCAGUCUACGGUCUCCGUCAGGCGCCUCGCGAGUGGCACGACACACUGAGGACUACGCUUGCGGCUCUCGGGUUUGCGCCCUCCACAGCUGACCCGUCACUGUUUCUGCGCACCGACACUUCGCUGCCGCCGUUCUACAUCCUCGUGUAUGUCGACGACUUGGUCUUUGCCACUGCUGACACUGAGGCUCUCGCCCUGGUGAAGUCGGAGCUGCAGAAGAGACACACGUGCACAGAUCUGGGUGAGCUGCGCAGCUACCUUGGCUUGCAGAUCACCCGGGACAGAGCACGUCGCACCAUCACUCUGACUCAGUCACACAUGGUGCAGCAGGUCCUUCAGCGCUUCGGCUUCACCUGGUCCUCGGCACAGUCCACUCCUCUGGCUACAAGUCACUCGCUCUCAGCUCCACCUUCGGACGAGUCCGUAGAGCCGAGUGGUCCUUACCCAGAGCUAGUAGGCUGCCUCAUGUACCUGAUGACUUGCACUCGUCCUGACCUUGCGUACCCUCUUGGCCUUUUGGCCCGCUACGUGGCUCCUGGUCGGCACCGAAAGGUGCACUGGGAUGCUGCGAAGAGGGCUACACAGCGGUCGUCACAGGGUUACACUUUCAGCCUCGGCUCUGGCUCUGUUUCGUGGCGUUCUACUCGCUCGUCUUCUGUUCUCAGCUCCAGUUGUGAGGCUGAGAUCUACGCCACCGCCAUGGCUGCUCAGGAGCUGCGCUGGCUCACGUACCUGCUGACUGACCUGGGAGAGCGGCCUCGUUCUCCUCCAGUUCUGUACGUUGACAACAAGGCAGCCAUUGCCUUGUGUGAGGGGCACAGACUGGAGCACAGAUAG